AUGAAUAAAGAUAUAAAUGUUUCAAUCGAUUCAACUGUUAGAUAUUGUAUUAUUUGUCAUCGUAUAUUUAAUCAAGGCGAAUCUUGGUUCAAUUGUCCAAUUUGUCUUGAUUACAAUGUUUGCGAAAUGUGUAAAACGAUAACACAAACAUCGUCACAUUCUCAUAGUUUAGUUCGUAAAUUCUCUCUUGAUUAUGGAAUAGAAAAAAUCUGUACUCGACCUGAUAUGGCAAGUCGAAUUCUCUCAGCUAUUUAUUUUUAUUCUGAUCGCUCAUGUUUUGGCGUAAGAAAUUUUUCUAAUGAUAAUUCAACUACUAGUGAUACAAAUUUUUACAUUUGGCAAACAUUCAAAGUAAUCGGUGAACGAAUAAAGAACUUUAGUUAUGGAUUAGAACGUUUUAUAAAAGCACGUUGUCAUUUAGCUAUUUGUGCAGCGAAUGGACCUGAAUGGUUAAUAACUGAUUUAGCCUGUAUUUUGCAAGGUAUAAUCAGUGUACCAAUUUAUUGUCAGUUAAACGAUCAUGAUAUGACUUUUAUAAUUAAUCAUACAAAUAUAUCGGUUGUUGUUUGUGAUAAACAUAUAUUACAAAGAUUAAUUCGAUUACAUUCAAAAUGUUCAACAGUACGUCAUAUAAUAUGUAUGGAUUCUAUCUCUGAGAUAAAUUCUGGUAAGUCAUUAUUGUUUUUUUCAAUAUUUCGACUAAAUUAA